AAAAGCGUCGCAUUAACUGGCCAACAGCAUCAGUCGUUGAUGAAUCAACAAAGCAAACCAAACCAAUCAAACAACAUGCAAUACCUCAUCUGCUUGGCUCUCUGUGUGGCUGUUGCCCAGGCUGGCUUCCUGGCUUCACCUGUCACCACCUACGCCGCAGCUCCUGCCUUUGCUCCAGUGGCCACCUACUCGGCUGCUGCUCCUGUGGCCACCUACUCGGCUGCUGCCUUCCCCGCAGCCUAUUCCGCUUACACCCGCUCUGUGUACAGUGCCCCCGCAUAUGCUGCACCUGUGACCACCUACACAGCUCCGGCUUAUACUGCUCCGAUCACCACAUAUGCUGCUCCCGCUAUCGUCAGCCCCUUCCUGAAGAAGAAGUAAAGAGAACACUUCUCCUAAGUCGUAUUCCCAAAUUCUUUCCCUUUCGAAAACUUGUUUCCACAAUCAAUUUUUAAAUGACACCUGAAUAAAAACUUAAAUAUCUAAUACUA